UUAUAAUCAAAUUUUUGACAACUGACAAGCUGUCAGGAUUUUCUAAAGCUGAAAAUUUGGGGUUUGCAAGUUGGGUUAUUUGCAAAUUAUUAUUGUUACAUGACGCUUUUUACACAUAAUUAAAUGGCCACUUCCCGUAUUCAGGCGACAGCGCGUCAGUUGUCCAAAACAUUUAAAAGAAAGAGCAGAUUUGAUAUAGGAAUUGCAGCUGAGUUGCCAGCUGCUUACAAGAAAUUCUGGCAUGAAUGGAAAGUGCUGAAACCUGCAGCUGUUCAUUUUAUUCCUCAAGAUAGUAAAUGGAAGAGGGACGAAUUGACUGGUGAAACAUUACCUGUUCAAAAUGUUCCUAUCCCCUUGAAAUAUCCACCAGAAAUAAAUGAAGGAAUAUGGGGAGGAGAGGCUAUAGUUAAAGGUUUCCAGAAGCGUGAUUUAAAAAAACGCAGAGUGCCUCAUUACUGGGUGCCUGUUCUUAAGAGAACUGUUGUCAAAUCAGAAGUGUUAAAUACUCAUCUUUCAGUGACUGUCACUGAUCGGACAAUUAAGCUUAUCAAUGACCACUAUGGCUUUGACCAUUACUUGCUAAAAACACCAGCUUGUGACCUUGUUUCUAUGUUGGCUCUGAAACUGAAAAAACAAAUCCUAAUUGAAUUAAUGAAUGGAUGUCCCCGACAUGCAUAUGAUCCGGUAAAGCAAAAGGAAAUUUAUGAAGAAUAUAAAACAUAUCUAUCAUCUUACACCCCUGAAGAGGUGGAAUGGUAUGGUUUGACUUGGUAUGAAGCCCUCAGUAAAGUAGCAAAAAUGAAAGAAGCUGCAAACAAACCUGUUCCUUUGAAAAAUGUGUAUAGAAAAAAUUUAGUUGAAAAACUCAAAGCAGCAGGCAUUGAGGCAAAACCCUCUGCUGAUGAAAUAUCGUCCACUACUUCAUGGUUGUCAAAAAUGAAUCCAUUUGGAAAGAAAGAUGAAGCUUAGUGUUUUGUACUAGAGAAUAUGUAGAAAUAAAGCUAUUAAAUUGUUGAGUUGUAGAAAACUGUAAUAUUGAAAAUAAAUAGAUAUUUUACUGCCAAAA